AUGACAUUAUCACGUGAAGACUCUGUUUAUUUGGCUAAGUUGGCCGAACAAGCUGAGAGAUAUGAGGAAAUGGUUGAAAACAUGAAGGCCGUUGCCUCCUCUGGCCAAGAAUUGUCCAUCGAAGAAAGAAACCUCUUGUCGGUCGCGUACAAAAACGUGAUUGGUGCCAGAAGAGCCUCAUGGAGAAUCGUCUCUUCCAUCGAGCAGAAGGAAGAGCAGAAGGGCAACGAGUCCCAGGUCAAACUCAUAAGAGACUACAGAAGUAAAAUCGAAUUAGAAUUGACAAAUAUCUGUGACGACAUCUUGAACGUCUUGAACGAGCAUUUGAUUCCAACUGCCCAGUCCGGUGAAUCCAAGGUCUUCUACUACAAGAUGAAGGGUGACUACCACAGAUAUCUGGCCGAAUUCGCCGUCGGCGACAAGAGAAAGGGUGCCGCAGACGCCUCCUUGGAAGCCUACAAGGCUGCCUCCGAGGUCGCCGUCACCGAGUUACCUCCAACUCACCCAAUCAGAUUAGGUUUGGCUUUGAACUUCUCCGUCUUCUACUACGAAAUCUUGAACUCCCCAGACAAGGCUUGUCAUUUGGCCAAGCAAGCAUUCGACGAUGCAAUUGCCGAGUUGGACACCUUGUCCGAAGAGUCCUACAAAGAUUCCACCUUGAUCAUGCAAUUGCUUAGAGAUAACUUAACCUUAUGGACCUCCGACAUGUCUGAAGCUGGCCAGGAAGACGCAAACGCAGCUCCAGCUGAAAAGCAAGAUGAAAAUUAA